AUGGCACCCCUCCGAAACACAACGUCUACUCGAGCAGCCCGUCUUGAAUCUACUUCUCCGCCGUCAGGCUCCGCUCGAAGACACCGCUUCGAUGGCGAAACCGAGAUGUUAGCCUCCGAGUAUGGCCAACCUUUUCUGGCCGAAUAUCUGAAAAGCGUUGUUCCCGAAUUUCAUCGCUUGCCAGAUCCUAACCUCAUUCGACCGUCUGAACCCCGUGCACCUUCCUUGACUCUCAAGGAUCUCGACCUCAUCAGAAGCUUAGGUGUUGGUGCCCAGGGGAUGGUUUACUUGGUUCGUGCGAAGCGGAAGACUCAUCCCCUUGAUAAACCAGGUGCAUGCUUUGCGCUAAAGGUGUUGCGCAAGAAGUAUCAGCGUAACCAUUCUCAACUUUAUGUGCGCGCCCAUAUGGAAGAAAAGGAUAUUGAACGUAUCAAGCUUGUCGGCAUGGACUGGAACCCAUUUAUCGUUGGAGUUGUUAACGCUUUGGACGACUCUCGCAAUCUCUAUCUCAUGCAAGAAGCCAUCCCAUGUGGCACGCUACAUUCUCUGAUUCAGCACCGCGCCCCCUUCGACUCGGCAACUGCUUCUUUCUAUUUUUCGAACAUCGUAUGCGCGCUAGCUUUUUUAGAAAAGGAAGACAUCGUCCACCGUGAUAUCAAGCCAGAAAACAUCCUCGUAGCCAGAGACGGCUAUCUUGUCCUUACAGAUUUCGGCUCAUCCUCGAAAGCAGAUGACCUCACCAACUGGCUUUCGCAGGGAACACCCAUAUAUAUGUCUCCAGAGGGUCGGCAAGACAUGCCUUUGGAAGAGGAGCUUCGCCUCGCGCGGGAUUGGUGGGCAAGUGGCUGUGUUCUCUACGAGAUGGUCACUCGUAAAGUUGCCUUUUAUCAAGUGGAAACAUUUGCCGAAGCAUACCACCGGAUUGUGAAGGGCGAAUUCAGCUGGCCUACCGAUAUCAAGCUGGGCAAAAAACUGAAGGCGAUUAUUAGUGAACUUCUUACUGUGGAUGCUGAGAAACGACUUGGUGCGACAGGCGUUGAAGCCGUCUAUGACCAUCCCUGGCUUGAAAAUGUCAACUGGCGAAUGAUGAAAUCCAGGCGAUACAUUGUUAAGGCUGCGUUUGACAUGUAG